UAGCUGGAUCUUCGCGCUGGGUCUGCGGCACCAUGGCAGACCAGUCUUUUGUGACGCUAGCCACAAACGAUUCUUAUGUGAAAGGAGCGCUUGUACUGGGAUCAUCGCUACGAAACUACAGAACAACAAAGAGGUUAACGGCGCUGAUCACUCCCCAUGUCUCAGAUGCAAUGAGGAAAGUAUUGGAAAAAGUCUUCGAUGAGGUGAAAUUGGUGGAUGUCUUGGACAGUGGAGAUACAGCCCAUCUUGCACUAUUGAAAAGACCUGAACUUGGCAUUACACUGACAAAACUCCAUUGUUGGGAACUAACACAAUAUUCAAAGUGUGUGUUCAUGGAUGCAGACACAAUGGUUUUGUCAAAUGUUGAUGAGCUUUUUGAAAGAGAAGAGCUUUCUGCAGCACCAGAUCCGGGUUGGCCCGACUGUUUCAAUUCAGGAGUUUUUGUUUAUCGGCCUUCCAUUGAAACAUUCAAUCAGCUGCUACAACUUGCCACAGAGAAAGGCAGCUUUGAUGGUGGGGACCAGGGCUUAUUAAACACCUUCUUCAGCAGUUGGGCAACUACAGACAUUAACAAGCAUCUGCCAUUUAUUUAUAACCUAAGCAGUAUUUCUAUCUACUCCUACCUCCCAGCAUUUAAAGCGUUUGGGACAGAUGCUAAAGUGGUGCACUUCCUGGGGAGAAUGAAACCAUGGAACUACACAUAUGACUCCAAAGCCAAAAGUGUCAAAGAAGAUGCUCAAGAUCCCACAAUGAUACAUCCAGAGUUCCUCAAUAUGUGGUGGGAUACUUUUGUCACAAACAUCUUGCCAUUACUACAGCAGCACGGUGCCAUUAAAGAUACAGCUACUGGUGUAAAGGCGCUAUCGGGCUUGGUCUAUACACUGGCUUUCUCUUGUGGCUUCUGUAGAGAGGAGGAGGUAGCAGAGGCAGUGUCCCACCUGUCACUUUCAUCUUCAGCACUACCACACUCACCGCCAUCGCCGCCAUCUAUGUCUUCAGAGGAGCGCAAAGAAAGAUGGGAGCAGGGCCAGGCUGACUACAUGGGAGCAGACAGCUUUGACAACAUCAAGAAAAAACUUGAUACCUACCUCCAGUAGAAGCACUUGUAUCUGUUUUACAGACAUCAGCAAUACAAGGACUUGUUUCAGAGCUAUAGCAACUAGAAAAGUCAGAUAGGGUCAAUUAAACCUGCUAGCAGUUUGCCACUGCUCAGCUGAAGUCUGUUGGCAGUACUGCAGGUAAGAACUGAGCAAACGCUGUUUUAAGUAUGAAUCCUUGUGCCAACUGCCAGAUCUUUUCCUCUUGCACAAAACCUAAUGAACAUGCCUGUAAUGAACUCAUUGGGAACAGGGCACUCAACUGGCUUGAAACGUACCCCUUAGACCUAUAGGGACUGUGCUUUACCUCUACUUCCCUUCAAGCCCAAACCACGUUUUGCUUGCUAUGUUAAAAUAAUGACUAGAGGUUAAGGCAGCUACAAUGAAGGGGCCUUACAAUAAGGAGGUAAAAAACAUGCAACAUCGUAACUGUAACUACACUGCUUUUCUGUCAAUUCCAGCCAUAUUGAAGAUUCUGACCAGACUCCUAUGCACAGUACCUACAGCAUGGCAAAUGCUUUUGUUCAGUUCUGUGUACUUCUGUGUACUUCUGGGACUAGUAAAAACACCCCUUUGAACUGUUACCUGUAAUAUGGCACUCUAAAUACAAAAUAAAAUAAUGAUAAAAUCCUAUCACA